AUGAAUUAUCCAAAAACGAUUGGCGUUUUCUUCUUGUGGUGCUUAAUUUUAAAUGUAGUAGGAGUCGGUGAAAAAUCUUUCCAAGCUUGUAAAAACUAUGCACUAACUAUGCCAGAAUGCCACACUAUUUUGAAUCCUGAAAAGAGAGUACGUGUACCCAUAGAUUUGCUUCUCUAUCCUCAUAUGACGCUCAUAGAAUUUCGCAAGAAUAAUAAGGAUCAACCUUCUUGGAAAUGUGGUGGGACAUUAAUCAGUGAAAAGUGGAUAGUAACAGCAGAACAUUGCAUUGAAGACCCUGCAGAAGGUACAGCUAGAGUUCUAAGGAUCGGUACUGCGACCUUUGAAUUCGAUGAAGUUGAAGAGCUCGCACAAGAAAGAGACAUUGAUACAAUCAUUCCUCAUCCCGAAUACAGACCACCAUUAAAAUACCAUGAUAUAGUUUUAAUGAAGGCAAAACCAGCUUUCACUGUUAGGAGAGAAGGU